CAAACGUGUCCUUAUUUACCGCGAUGGGACUCAGGAAUUGCUUGCUCAAUACCGUGGUGGGCCUAUUGUCACCGCUAGUGAUUUUGAUUUGGACGUUAAUCAAGAUUUCAACCUUUAAUUCAAAAGCACAUUACCACAUCCUUAACGAGUGGCUUUUUGCCACGUAUAUGAAAGCAUUUUUGCUUUUCUUCGAAUACAUCUCACUGAAAAAAGUAUGAGAAAUAAUAGCAGCCUAGAUAAAAAGUUUUAUGUAUAUGGCGACGUCAGUUAUUUGGAGAGCAAAAAGGAAAAGGUGUUGUACAUAUCUAAUCAUCUCUCAACCGCUGAUUGGUUUAUUUGCUGCAUGUUAACAGCCCGUCAAGGAAAUAUGGGACGGUGUAAAUUUAUUCUCCACAAAAAUUUGAAGUACAUUCCCAUUUUUGGACUAUACUUAGCACAAGAUUCAUGCAUUUUUGUCGACAGAUCAAAUUUUCAAGAGAGUAAGGCAGUCAACGCGAUUCAAAAUAUCAGAGCCAUGCAGUCCAAAGCAUGGAUAGCCAUUUAUCCGGAAGGGCGACGAUACAACCCACAACACUUUGAUGCCAUCGCGAAAUCACGAGAAUUUGCCAAGAGCUUAAACAUUCAACCAUAUCGGUUUCACCUUACUCCAAGAACCCGGGGCUUUCGGCUACUUUUGGAUCAUCUUCGUGACUACUUCGACGCCGUGUACGACAUAUCAGUAGUUUAUGCAGACAAAAACGGUUACCCCUUAGAUCGCCGAAAACGGAUGCCACAAUUAACAGAUUGGUUGAACAGUUAUCAUACGCUGCAUGUGCAUAUCAGGCGCUUACCAAUUCAACACGUUCCACAUGAUGGUGAGAAGAUAGAUGCAUGGAUUCACGAUCUAUUCCACAUCAAAGAUGAAUUCCUAAGUAAUAUACAAGAAAAUUUUCAUGGGGACACGACUGAGUUGGCAGGAGGAGACAUAAGUGCUAACUCGGGAUACACAGAUGCUCAGACAAACGGUAGUCUCACCGGUGAAUAUUCCAUGUCAAUUCAACAGCAACUAGUACGCUGCAUGCCGCCAAAAAUGGACCGAACGGCGAAAAUUCUUAAACCUAUGACAUUGGUUGAAUUGGUUCCAUCUGUGAUAUUCUUCUAUGGUUUGACCUUUUAUUGGAUAUUUGGGUUUGGUUGGUACGGUCCAAUCAGUUUUAUAGGAAUCGCUCUGUUUGGCAGCAUGUUAGGUGAACUAUACGUACACUAUUGGGUAUGAGAUACACGCAUUACCUUCAUCUAGAGAAACUACAACCGCUUGUGCCACUAUUUUACCAGAAUCCUUCAAGUGCAACUUGUUGAAAAUACAAUUUAUAGAAUCAACGAAAUACAACUUUUACACACAGCUUUCCGCAAGUUCUCUAAAAGUGUUUAAAUGUAUGGCUGCAAAACGUUUGUUCGACAUGGUCGAUUAUCCACGCUAUCCUAAUCCGUCAAUUGUGAUUUACGUUAUUUUAAAAAUGCACAUGGCUUUCGA